AUGAGUAAGAGAAGUGAACUAAUAUUAAAAAGUGCUAUAAGGAUAUCAAAGGAAAAUCUAGAUAAAGCUGAUGAUAAUGGUAGUUCUGAAUACGAAGUGCCUGCUCCAAGGGAACCGUUGGGUGUACCUAAUGCCAGAAGCAAAGAGAAAAAAAAUAUUAAGAGAAAAAGAAACGGCGCUGAGAGAAGCAAUGUUAGAAAAAGGUAUAGAAAUGCUUUAGAGUGGAUUGAUACGAAAGCAGAAACACUAUUAAAUCAAGGAGUUGAGCAUAAGAAUAGAAAAGGAAGAAUUAUUAAGGAAACCAGGUACGUAAAAGAAAUUAAAAAGAAGCAGGUUACGGUUGGUGCAGGGUUAAUAUCAAGAAGGCUAAAUUCCAGAAAUUACUCGUUUAAAAUAAUUAACGAAGAAGAGCUAAAAGUAUGUAAAUCCAUGUUUUUGAAUACUCUUGGCAUCUCAGAAACCUAUGUGACAACAGCACUCUCAAAAAUAAGAGGCUCAAGCACAAUAAUUGCUGACCAACGAGAAAAGCACAACAAUAGACCAGAAAGAAUCAAAGAAGCCAUUAAGGAUAGUGAUAUCACAGACAUUGGAAGGUGGAAAACCGACGAAAAUAAAAAGGACUUUAAAAUUGGCAAGAUAAGGGAAAUUUCUGUUAAAUCUUCUGUGCCGGUGACUAUAUUUUUUAAAUAUGAAUACGAUUCAGCUGAUAGCGAAAUUUUAAAGAUUCGUUUUUUGGAAUCAGAGAAAAGGGGAAGGCCACCAAAGGCUAAUAAUAGCCUUAUUAUACCAAACAAUUUAAAGAGACUGUACAAUACUGAACUUCCAGUGGAAGAAAAAAAGUUAAAGGGGCUAUUGUGGCUUUGUGAUAAAAACAAAAUACCAAAAAUGUAUCACCAAUUUUAUAGAAGCCUCAAAUGUAAAAAAGCUAGUGAAGAUGGAGAAGAUGAAGAAUUAUUACUAAACGAAUAA